CCCCCAGCCCCUCUUGUGCCAGCUCACGCCACUGUAGGGUAAGGUAGAAUGAUUUAUGCGCUAAUGGCAUGGCACUGCUUUCCUAAUCAAUGGGAAUCGUACUAGUUUACAAUACUUUCCGCGUAUUGCUGAAUUGGAGUGUUUUACAGAUCGCGUAGUUAUUUUGUAUUAGAGCCCAGCUGAAAGAAUUGCUCUAUUACAUCUCGACCGCUUAGACUACCCAGAAGGGUCUGUUCCGCUUGGAUGCUCGGUGCAGUGAGUGCCUCACCGAGGACAGCUCGUGUGCCUGCUCUGCUCGGGUUAGAGGAAGGAAAAUGAUGCAUCACAAGUGAAGACCCAGAAAGGUACCGAAAGGAUUCCUCCGUACAUUUGUGAUUGGAUGUGAGUCUACUUUUGACCCCGCAAAACUGAAGAUGACGUUGCUAUGGAAACUGCUGUUGCUGCAGUCACUCAUGGGGUGCCUAGCAGAGAGCAGUGUCCUGCAGAGCCCAGUAUUCACCAAGCAGCCUGGCAGCAUUGUGUUCCCUGUGGACUCCCAGGAGAAGAACAGAGAGGUGGUGUUCAGCUGUGAGGCCCAGGGAAGCCCAUCUCCCCUUUAUCGGUGGAAACUGAAUGGCACCGCAAUCACUCCAAAAUCAGUCUCACACUACAGCCUGUCUGGAGGCAACCUCCGAAUCAGCCAUUUGGACAAAGACCAGGAUGCUGGAACAUAUCAGUGCCUCGCCUUCAACUCUUUUGGGACCAUCGUGAGCCGAGAGGCCAGUCUAACCUUUGCAUACAUGGAAAACUUCAAGACCCAUAGAAGAAGCUCGGUGUCAGUUCGUGAGGGACAGGGGGUGGUGCUGCUGUGUGGUCCCCCAUCUCACUCUGGAGAUCUGACGUUCUCCUGGAUUUUUAAUGAGUACCCCUCAUUUGUGAAGCAGGACACGCGUCGCUUUAUCUCCCAGGAGACUGGAAAUCUAUACAUCGCUAAAGUGGAGCCUUCUGAUGUGGGCAACUACACCUGUGUGGUGACCAACACUGUCACCAAGACCAGGGUCCAAGGCCCGCCCACUCCUCUGGUGCUGCGCAGUGAUGGUAUAAUGGGUGAAUACGAGCCAAAGAUCGAAGUUCAGUUUCCAGAGAUUGUCCAUGUAGCCAAAGGAUCAACAGUGAAAGUGGAGUGUUUUGCAUUAGGAAACCCUGUCCCCUCCAUAAACUGGAGGAGAAUGGACGGAAUCCCCUUUUCUAGGAAGGUGGACAUGAGGAAAGCCAGUGGCGUCCUGGAAAUCCCCUAUUUCCAGCAGGAAGACGCGGGCACAUACGAGUGUGUGGCAGAGAACUCCAGGGGGAAGAACACUGUAAAAGGAAAACUCUCUUUCUACGCCCCUCCACAUCUGAUAGAGAAACCCCAGGAUGUGCAGAAGCCCAUUGACGACUCUCUGGUGUGGGAAUGCAAGGCCACUGGAAAGCCCAAGCCCUCCUAUAGGUGGAUGAAGAACGGAGAGAACCUGGAGUCACUGGAGGAGCGCAUACAGGUUGCCAAUGGGCUGUUGUCAAUCAGCCGACUGACGCUGUCCGAUAUUGGAAUGUAUCAAUGUGUGGCUGGAAACAAGCAUGGGGAGGUCUACUCCAAUGCAGAGCUCAAAGUCAUAGCUGUUGCCCCAGAUUUCUCCCAGAGCCAGCUGAGGAGCCACACAAUGGUGAAGGAGGGAGGAGAUGUGCUGAUGGAAUGCAGGCCCAAAAUGUCCCCCUGGGGUGGGAUCUCCUGGAGGAAGGGCAGUGAGACUCUACAAGAGAGCAACAGAGUUUCCAUUCUGGACAACGGAAACCUCCGGAUACAGAAUGCAACCAAACCAGAUGCAGGUCUUUACACAUGUGUGGCACGAAACCAGUUUGGAGUGGCAAGCAGCUCCGGUACUCUCAUGGUCAAAGAGCCGACCAUUAUAACCACGCCACCGUCCACCCUGGACGUGACUGUAGGAGAGAGCAUCGUGCUGCCGUGUCAGGUGACUCAUGACCCGUCUCUAGAGCUCAAGUUCACCUGGUUCUUCAACGAGCAGCUGAUCCACUUUGGCGACCACGGCGGAUACUUUGAAAAAGUGGGAGGUCAGCAUUCCGCUGGGGACAUCAUGAUUCGGAACAUCCAGCUGAGACACGCAGGGAAGUACACCUGUGCAGUGCAGACCAAGGUGGACAGCAUCUCCAUCGCAGCAGACCUGGUGGUCAGAGGUCCCCCAGGCCCGCCCACCAGCAUCCAUGUAGAAGAAAUCAGUGACACCACAGCCUCUCUCUCCUGGAGGCCCGGGCCUGAUAAUCACAGUCCAGUUACAACAUACACCAUCCAGGCCAGGACACCAUUCUCCCUGGGCUGGCAGGCUGUCACCACAGUUCCUGAGAUGGUGGGGGGCCGCCGCCUGACAGCUACAGUAAUAGACCUGAGCCCCUGGGUGGAAUAUGAGUUCAGAGUCCUGGCAAGCAACGCCAUUGGGACCGGGGAGCCCAGCAAACCAUCCAAACAAGCAAGGACUAAGGAAACAUCUCCGAAGGUCACACCAGCUAAUGUAAGCGGAGGUGGAGGCAGUCGCUCAGAAUUAGUGAUCACUUGGGAGCCUGUUCCCGAGGAGCUGCAGAACGGGGGAGGGUUUGGCUAUGUGGUAGCCUUCAGACCGUACGGCGCCACAGGCUGGAUGCAGGCCGCAGUGCCCUCAUCGGAAGCCUCCAAAUAUGUCUUCAAGAACGAUAGCAUCCAACCCUUCUCCCCCUUCCAAGUGAAGGUUGGAGUGUACAACAACGAGGGGGAAGGCCCUUUCGGACCCGUCAUCACCAUCUACUCUGCAGAGGAAGAGCCUGGCAGAGCGCCCACCAGGAUCCGAGCCAAGAGCCUGUCUGCGUCUGAGAUUGAGGUUUCAUGGAAAGCCCUGCCUUGGAACACCAGCAAGAGAAGAGUCCUAGGCUAUGAGUUGAGGUACUGGGAGAAGAGAGAGAAGGAGGAGGCAGCCAGUGUGCAGAGAACGGUAGGCAACCAGACAUCAGCCAUUAUCCGAGGGGUGAGAGGAAGCAACACGUACUACGUCACAGUGAGAGCAUACAACACGGCCGGGGCAGGGCUUCCUAGUGUUACUGUCAAUGUCACCACCAAGAAACCACCGCCCAGUCAGCCUCCGGCAAAGGUCAUGUGGAACACAUUGAAUUCCAAGAUAAUCCUGAACUGGGAGCAGGUCAAAGCCCUGGAGAACGAGUCAGAGGUCACAGGCUACAAAGUGCUCUACAAGCGUAACCGACAUAGCCGUCCGAGUGUCAUGGAAACCAACACAACAUCGGUGGAGCUUUCCCUGCCUAUGGAUGAGGAGUACUUCAUCCAGAUCAAACCAUUUGGGGAGGGAGGAGAGGGGAGCAGUAGCAGACAGAUCACAAUCCCCAGAAUACCAGGUCCCAAUGCAAUUGGCUCGGCGACCAAGGUCUCUACUUUAUCAGCCCUCAGUACAAUAGCACUGUCUUUCACAGCGCGGACAUCGUUAUGACAAACCGCUAUCAGCGAACAUCUGAGGUGGAGGCAACUUGACAACGGAACAGGAACACCAACCACCCAGUCUGGUGUAACUAGAUCCGUUCAUUUAGAUUUUAGAGGCAGGAGGAUGAGCAGCGUUGGAAAACAAAGUCACUGAGAUGAGAGGGAGAGAAAGGGCCUCGCUUCAGCACCCAGUCCACCGGCGAGAACAGGAAAUCGACCGAUGUCUUGACUCUGUUGUUACCAAAGCAGCUUUCAUUUAAAAAAAAGAAAAAUGUCUUAUAUGCAUCUUUUGUAUGACAUGUCUAGCUUUUAUAGAUUUCUUUUGAAACCAAUUCAUAAUUGGUCUGGGCUUUUUAUAAAAGGCAAGGUUGAGGUGAGUUCAGUGCAUGGUGCGUACCUACAUACAGAUCUGACAGUUUUAGAAUUUGAUACGUUUUCAGUUUGUUGGAAAGAGCGCUUUUGUCGUCUGAGGUGAAUUGCAUUUUUUGGUCAGAGAAAACUACCUGUUACUGUGGUUUCAUGUCAACAAAAACCAUAUUUCAGUCUUCUUAGAAAUGUAUGCAUUUUUACCACAUUACUAGACUGAUAUGUUGAGUAUAUUGCUUUAUAACUAUUUUUUUAUUACUCCAUAAAACAUUGCACUGACACCUGAUGAAAAACGAGACUUGAUAGAAAUAUAGAAACAAACUAUGUUAAAGGAUGAGAGGGACUUUAUUGUCCCUUGCUGGUUUGGAGUCCCAUCUUCCAUAGGUUGCUCUGGCCUUGGCCAUUUAAUUGCGCUGGCUGUCUGUCUCAUCCGCUCAUCAUCCUACUCAUCCUCUCAGUUACAUUAGCCGUGUGUCAACUCUAAAGCUAUUCUAUUCUUUGCCUUGUGUGUGCCUCAUCAUAUCUUCGAAAUCCUCAGGUCCUUAAAGAGCCUUAACUUAUCUAUCAACAACUAUUAUAUACAUAGAUGUAUGUCGUUCUGCAGCUGCUGUAUGAUGUGUAGCUACACUCUGCAUUAAUAGACAGGUUAUUACCAUCCCGUGUAUAAUCCUACAGUCAUUCUUAGGGCCAGGAGUUUUUUUCCUGGUCAGGUUAUGUGGUCGGGAAAAUCUCCUUGUCCUUGUCGUAUAUUAAAGUUAGGGCCAGGGGGUUUUCUGACCACGUGACCUGACCUGGAAAAGCUCUUCAUGAAGGAGAAGUGUGUUUCAACAGUGUCGUGCUGUUCAGCAUGGCUUAAAGGUAAGGUGGAAAGCCUGGGACAUUUUAGUAGGUCCACUGACUGCUCCCAUACUAAAAGAUAAAUGCUGCUGACAAGUUUUCCUUUCCCAUAGUCUUCUGAUGCCAUGUGAUACUGGUACAGUACAGUACAAUACAGUCCCAUACAUAUGUAGCUUGUAAUCCAGUGAAAAAGUAAAAAGUGCAGGUAGUUUGUAGUACUUUCGAGGGGAAGUUUAGGCAGACGAAUGGGUCUGACUCAGAAUCAUGCAUCGAGAAAUGUCUAAUAUACUUUUUUGUACACUUCAGAUCAUUUAUAUCAAAUAAAAACCUUUCUAAAGAGCUGAUUAACCUGGUUUUUAUGUAAUAACACAAAUGUUUCAUACAGUAGCUAAAUGUCGUUCAGCAUGACUGUAUUUGCCCUUUUUUUCUGUCCAUUUGCUAACUGACUGAAUGGCUUGAGACCAUACAAAGAGAUAGCAGGUUUGUGUAUCUAGCCAUACAAGUCAAACCACUUUUAUGUCUGUGCUUCUGUCUCAAACAGGUGUUCUCCUGUAGGCCUACACACUUUGGGAUUUACCGGUACUACCAUCCAUUUACUCCAUGUGAAGUUCUGUUUUUUGCUGUUGUUGGUCGUUUAUACUGUGUUAAUGAAUAAAGUUGAUUGAUUUAUA